GAUAUUUACAAUUGACACAAAUGGCGAAGUGAAGCUGCAAUUAUUGUCAGGAUAUAAAUCAUCAUAUGUGGAUCUAAGUGAUCUAGUGGAUCAAAUGUUUCCUCACAUUACAUGGGAUACAGUUUAUAAUGAUUGGAAUUAUUGGAAGCCUCCUUUGCCGGAAAUUGAAAUUCCCACAGAAAUAUAUGAAAAUCAACCAAUAUCAUCAUCACCAAAGAGUUCAGUUGCUAUAAUUGGAUCACCUCGUUUAGGAAUGAUUCGAACUUUGACCGGAACUAUAACUGGAAGCAACAAUAUGAAUCAACAGAAGAAAGCAGUUCAGUCAACACCAGGCAUGUUAGAAUCAUCAGGAAAUCCUACAUCAGAUAAAAUAAAUGAGAAUGAUCUCAUAAUAGCAAAUAGUAGAAUCGUAUAUGUUGGAGGAGAUGUUGAUAUGCCAGGUAGAAUGGACAUUUAUGAAAAUGAAGAAGGUAGAAGUAUG